GGAAACAAAACCACCUCCAAAAUGAAGGAUGGUUCUUGUUUGUACUGCCCUACAAUUGCGAGAGUAAUGUCGUUCGAUCAAGUCAAGCAAGGGCACCAUAUCGUUCUUAGUGGAAACAGAUUGUACAAAAACAAAUCUGACAGGCGAAAGUCCGCUUACAAGCAUCACGCUAUUGUUGAAAACAGCGAACCAAUUGGACCAAACGAUGCUAUUUUAACACUGAUUCAUUACUAUGGCAGUGAUUUUUCAAGCAAACUUAAACUUAGACGUUCACGUGAAAUGGUAAAUUUAAGGAACGAUGAUAUACACAUUGUACAUCACAGUUACACGAUGACAGAUACCUCAAAGCUUGAUGAUCUGACGAAUAAUGAUAGCUCCGUGGGUGUUAGUUUGACGAAGACAGACAGCUCCAAGCAUGAGAAUCCGGCGAAGAAAGAUAACCCCGAGGAUGAUAGUUUGACGAAGAAAGAUGGGUCCGAGGAUGAUAGUUUGACUAAGACAGGCAACUCCAAGCAUGAGAAUUCGACGAAGAAAGACAGCUCCGAGGAUGAUAGUUUGGCGAAGAAAGGCAACUCCGAGGAUGAUAGGUUGAAACGUGCAUAUGAAACAGCUUGUCAAUUUCUUGAACGGAAAUCUGAAGAAGAGAAAAAAAAAUACCAUCUACUAUUUAACAAUUGCGAACAUUUCUGCAAUUAUUGCCACGUUUCCACUGAAACAUCAAUGCAAGUCAAUGAAAUAAUAAACACAAUAUGUGUUUUCGGAAGUGGUUUCGGACAUUUUUGCGCACAUAGUUGGAAAAUUAUUCAUCACGUUUCGACAUUCUUGUCAAAGCAUCGUCCACUUUUGCAAGAGCUAUUCAAACGCUCGAAUUUAACUUCUACCGUAAUAGGAUUAGUACCCAUUGUAUUGAAUGUUGUGGUUGCAUCAAUAGUAACAAUACGAUACAUAAUCAAAUGGAAAAAUGGAGCUUUAUGCAUUUCAUGUUUGAGGCAAAAGAUUAUAGCUAUUUGGCUUUCGGUUAUCAUGUCGUUCUUAGUUGCUGGUGGUGUCUUUCUGUUGUUUUUGUAUGUUGCUUGUCCUCAUGGAUGGCCUGCGUUGGGAACCAGCUUGGUUUUAGUCGCAACAGCAACAGCUGCAACUGGUAUAAUGUACUACUUGGUAAAAACAUAUAAAAAACAUGUUCCCAACAAAGUGCCUCGAAUGUGCAAAAAACUGACUACUUAUGAAUUAUUGAAAAAAGGAGAUGUAAUUUCAUUCAAAUCUUCAUUUUUCAGAAGACGAUCGUAUAUGCUUAUAGCAGAAAAACCCACUAACUCAGAUGUGAAGUGCAUUUUUUAUCAAGGAAUUUACAAACAAACUUUGAACGAAGAAGCAGUCAAACUGGAUUUUUCAAAACAGGACGUGAGACUUCACAUGUAUGACGGUAUCGUCACUUACGGUAGAAACGAAGUGGUGGAAAGAGCGAGAUGUUUACAACAAGAGUCUGUAAAAGUUUUUAAAUCACAAUCUGGCGAUUUUUGUGACUGGGCCAAACGUAAAUUGCCGUCGCUGAAUUGCUCAACUGACCAAAAAAACAUCAAGUAUAAGGGGAAGGUAAAUCUUUAUUCGUUCAAACAAGAAAAUGUUGCAAAGGUUGAUGAAACGAGAAACGCAGUUGCAUCCAUCUUUUUACCGCCAACAAGAGUACGGAUAUCGGACGAUAUACAUACCGGCAGAAGCAUCAUAAAUUUGGACGGUGAAGAUUGUUUGGUUGUAUCAAAAACGGAAGGAAGUCUACUGACAGAACUAGAAAUCAAAUGUUUUUCUUUUUCUAAAGAAGACAUCAUAACACACAAAAUAAAUUUGAAAAACAGACUGUUGUUUUCGAAAAUGGUUCACCCGGCUUUAAGUGACUUGCCUGAAAACAUACGCAUCAAAGCCACAGAAAUCUCUUCAAAUCACUCUCCAAGGUUUAAGAGUCUUUCAGAUCUGAUACGUGACAAAAAUAGACGUAUCUAUGAAAAAUGUCCAAAGGGUACUUUGAUUGAGUCAAAAACCGACACAUAUUAUGUUUCGUCCGAGAUCAUUGAAAAAGACGGGGCCGAUGUACAAAUGUAUGAACUAUCUAAAACACAAAAUGGGAUUGGAUGUGAGCUUAAAAAAGUACGCGUUGACAUGGCCAAUAUGAAAAUACAUGGACACAGAGAUAGCGCCCAUGUACAUCCACCAGAAGCAGUACUAAAAAGGGUUGAACGAUUAAAUAAUCAUCUGAUAAAUUCCUGGAAUCACGAUUUGAAAGCCACUAUAAGUUGGCUUUGUGACUUACAGAUACCUUCUCAUUUCAAAGUCAAUGCUACGGAGUAUACAAUAGUGCCGUAUUUUAGGACAACUAAAAAGUUUCAACCUGAUAUUUCGCCUGCACUUCUCUCUCAGAAAACUCCUAAAAGGGCAGAGGAAUUAAAAGUUGGCAUGAUAAUCUGCUUUAAAAAUCACCUCUGCAAACACUUUGGCAUAUUGGUACAUUCAAAAUUUGCGAAGAACAAUUCCGUUCAGAUAACGGUACUAUACAAAUCAAACAAACCAUUCAGAGAUCUUCAGGAACGCACAAUGUGUCGAAAACUACUGAAUGUAGGGUAUAUAGACUGUUUACCCAUUUCCGAAGAAAGGAUCAACAGUGUGAGGGAAUACAAAAUGGAUACUGAAUCAAACGGGGAUUUCAAACUCUCAGAGACUGAACUUUGCUGCAAAUUUGCCCUCGGCCAUUCAGCAUUUGAUUUAGUUUCAUGGAAUGUUCACUCAGUACUUGAUAUUCCUUGCAAAUCCAUAUUAUGUUCAAAGGAAAAGCGACGCGUUGGGUUAGUUGAGGAACUACAUACCGAUGAAACAUUGCGAGCACAAUGUUUUUGUGGGCGAGUUUUUGAACUUGAUUUAAAAACUUUGAAAACUGUAAUAAUUAGCAUUGUCGAUCCUGAACAGAUAGGAAGCCCUGGUGACAGACACUAUUGGACAAAAAUGAAAUGGAUUCUGGAAGCAAUGCACACAAAGCAAGUCGGAAAAAAAUUUCGCAACGACGACCAAUACGUUGAGGGCUCCGCGGAAAGCUACAUCGGGAAGACAUAA